UGCGAAGCGGCGUGAUUUGCAGUUGACAGUUGUGUAAUUUUAGCUUGUGCCGUUGCCCUUUAAGAAAAAAAGCCGUGCACUUUGCGGUCGACUGAAUGUUUAUGUGUGUGUAGCGGCUCUCUGUUGAUGGAGUCCGUUCCUUCAGGUUGUUCAGUGCUGAGGUGAGGUGAUGUGAACUGAGGUGACUGAGGUGAGGUGACAUUGCUCCGUCCAGGUUGUGUUUGUCUGUCCUGUGAGCAUGUCUGGGUGAAGACCGUCAGAGGGACUAGUCUCUGAAGCUGGGGCUGAGACUGAAGAUGCGGUUUCGAGCCUGUUGGACUUUUAGCAGGAUGAUUUGGGUUGGGAAUUUAUUCAAAACUGGGAGCCGGCUGUGCAGAUGCAGAGUGAACUGCCAGGUGAAAAGGCAUUACAUUGCCCUUCCAGAUGAUGUCAAAUCGCUGCGCACUGUGGUCAGUCCAGAUAUUUCUAAGAUCCGAAACAUCGGCAUCAUGGCCCACAUUGAUGCAGGAAAAACAACGACCACAGAGAGAAUGCUUUACUACUCUGGAUAUACAAGGGCACUAGGAGAUGUUGAUGAUGGAGAUACCGUCACAGAUUUUAUGGCUCAGGAGAGGGAGCGUGGGAUCACCAUCCAGUCGGCAGCAGUCACCUUUGACUGGAAAAGUCACAGGAUCAACCUCAUCGACACCCCGGGUCAUGUUGACUUCACUGUGGAGGUGGAGCGGGCGCUUCGUGUUCUUGACGGGGCCGUUGCAGUGUUCGAUGCUUCUGCUGGUGUGGAGGCUCAGACGCUGACAGUAUGGAGACAAGCAGACAAGCACCAUGUCCCACGUGUUUGCUUCCUGAAUAAGAUGGAUAAGCCUGCAGCAAAUUUAGGUUUGUCCAUUGAGAGCAUAAGGGCGAAGUUGAAAGCCAACCCGGUACUCCUCCAGGUUCCCGUUGGCAGUGGUAAGAACUUUACAGGUUUGGUUGACUUGUUAACCAAACAGAAAAUGACAUGGAAGCUGAACUCCACAGAUGAUGGACGUGUGUUUGAAACCAAAGCUCUCAGUCAAGCAGAUAACCCAGAACUCCUGCAGGAGGUCAGGGAGGCCAGGACAGCCCUAAUUGAGCAGAUUGCUGAUCUGGAUGAUGAGUUUGCUGAAUUGUUGCUAACUGAUUUUGGUGACAAUUUUGACGCAGUUCCCUCCAGCAAACUUCAAGAAGCCGUGCGGCGGGUGACUCUGGCCCGUAAAGGGGUCCCCGUACUCUGUGGGAGCUCUUUGAAAAACAAAGGUGUUCAGCCUCUUAUAGAUGCCAUCACUGACUACCUACCCGCCCCAAAUGAGAGACACCAUGACCUGGUGCGGUGGUACAAGGAUGACCUGUGUGCCCUGGCCUUCAAGGUUCUCCAUGAUAAGCAGCGCGGACCUCUGGUCUUCCUUCGGAUCUACUCUGGUACUAUGAAACCUCAGACAGCUGUGUACAACAUCAACAGGGACAACACUGAGAGAAUGAGCAGGUUGCUGCUGCCUUUUGCUGAUCAGCAUGUGGAAAUCCCCUCUCUGACCGCAGGAAACAUUGCUCUGACAGUGGGACUCAAGCAGACAGUCACAGGGGACACAAUUGUUUCAUCCAAGUCUUCAGCAGCAGCUGCGGCCCGGCGAGCUCAAAGCGACAGAGGGAAAGGGAAGACGCGAGGGGAGCAGGCUAAUCUGGUCCUGUCUGGGGUAGAAGUGCCUGAUCCAGUCUUUUUCUGCUCCAUUGAACCACCCACUCUCGCCAAACAAGCUGAUCUCGAGAAUGCACUGAACUGCCUUCAGAGAGAGGACCCCAGCCUCAAAGUCAGGGUUGACCCUGAUUCUGGACAGACCAUUUUAUGUGGCAUGGGGGAGCUGCACAUUGAGAUCAUCCAUGAUCGAAUCAGAAGAGAGUUUGGAAUCGAGACUCACCUUGGACCGCUACAGGUGGCUUACCGGGAGACUGUUCUCCAACAUGCAUCAGCUACGGACACUCUGGACCGUACAAUUGGGGAGAGAAGACACAUUGUGACAGUGGAGCUGGCCGUCAGCCCUGUUGAAGACAGCUCCUCUAUGGGCAGCUCUUGUGACUUUGCCUUUGAAGAGGAAGUGGAAGAGCAGCUCUCGCCCGAAGUGAAAGAUGCUGUGGAGAACGGGCUUCAGAGCUCGUAUCUUCAGGGUCCGUUGCUAGGUUACCCUGUGCAGGGUGUAUCCACACUUAUCCAAAAUGUCAGCAUGGAACCAGGAACGUCUCCAGCCAUGGUGUCUGCCUGUGUGUCUCGCUGCAUGCUUAAGGCCAUGAGGCAAGCAGGUGGGCAGGUCCUGGAGCCUGUGAUGUCCCUGGAGGUGACAGUGGGAGAGGCACACCUAAGCUCCGUGCUCGGGGACUUAUCUCAAAGACGAGGAGCCGUCAAAGACAUCCAGAGUCGUCAUGACAACAAGGUGUUGCUCGCCACUGUGCCCCUAGCUGAGAUGAUGGGCUACUCCACCAUCCUACGAACACUGACCUCUGGCAACGCCACCUUCUCUUUGGAGCUGGACACCUAUGAAGCCAUGAACAGCCAGGACCAGAGUGCCCUCCUCAAAAGAGUGGCCGGUCUGGUCUGACCCCAUGUUCUCACCUCAGUAACUGUUUAGCGAUGGGACCAAAGGUCUUCUGGGACAAAAACGUGGCUAACAGCCAAAUGAACUGAGUUUUUUGCUUCAGAAAUUUUUAUUUAUUUAACUACACCACUCACCAGUACACUUAGAGGUAUACCAUUUACAGCGAAUAUGUACUGAUAGUGGUCAGUGGCUUAUUUACUUGAGCAUCCCCAGUCUAUAGCAGGAUAAAGAUAACCUGACUAAUGUCAGUCUACCAUGUUGUAAACUGAGUGCAGUGUAACUUUGCUCUUAAUGUUCCCAAACACUUCAUUUUUUGAGCGUCUGCCACCAGUGUGACACCUGUAAUGCUGAUAUUUUAAAAACAAGGCUGGGUCAAAACGUAAUAUAAGGCUGGGUCACAACUACAUUUAAAAAGCAGCUGUUUUGACCGUAGUUCUGUGAACAGCGGUUGUCAUGGACAGCAGAUUUAAAAUCCUGAUUAUUUAUACAGUUAAAUACUUAGGCCUAAACUUUUAAUGAUGCAUUUUUAUGGCAGAAGGCCUAGAAUUAAAAUAAUAUCAUUAAUAGUGUAACACAGUGCAGCCCUGUCUCCGUCCAGCAGCUCUCCUCUGCAGCCAAAAUUGUAACCUGAAUUAGGAAUUAGGAACAGGACCUAUGGUUCGCUUAUUAGUCAUUAUGUUUCAUCUAUCAUCUUCAUUCUCUCCAGCUCUUGUAAAAAGGCUAUGAUUGUAUUGCCACAUUUAAAAAAGUUGAAAAUAGCCAUUUGAUUUGUAUCACUUUGAAAUUGGGAGAUUAACAGAUUAACAAAAUUACCAAAUUACCAGUGGGAGAACAAGUUAAAAAAUAGGGAGACUACCGUGAAAAUCAGGAGUGUUUGUAGGCAUGACAAAUAUGUUUUUCAGCAAAUCUCAUAGUUACAUUAAUAUUGCGCAUAUGAAGCAGCCAUUUCAAGUUGGACUUGAAAUGCAGGUGUGCCGGAAAGCAUAGCCGUGCAGGAGCUUGGCUGUUCACCAUAAUGUGUCUCUCUCUCUCCGCCUGUUUGUUUGUUCAAUGUUAAAUGAGCUGCAAUGUGCCAAUUCAUUUUGAAAGAGCAGCAGCCAAUAGGGAAAGUCCAAGACAUGGCCAGCACACACAGCCAACAUCUUUGGUUGGCAGACGAAUCGUGCAACUUUGUUCACUCACUCACUGACACAGUGUUCUCUGACGCUGGCCCGAUCCUCAGCCCAGCCAAAAAUAUUUAUUCACUCUGAAUCAUGCAAACAUUCAUAUAAAAAACAGACUUGAUUGACUCAGAAAAAAAUGUGUGACAUUAGGUUUGAUCAAGAAUUCUGCAGAACUGAUGUUUGUAUGUGUGUGUGUGGUUUUUUUUUUAUAUAAUAUCUCAGUGCAUCAGUAUCUCUACAAGGUUCGUUUCACAUUCGAUUUCUUAGUUAAAAAUGCAAGCACG